AUGCCUGGCGAAGUGAUUGACAGACCGAACCCGGAGCCGCUGCCUUCCAACAUCCCAGACGAUGUCCUCUCUCUGGCCGUGAAGCUUGACAAGACAACGCUCUCCGACAAGGACAAUGCCUCGCUAGUCGCCUUCCGCAAAGCAGCCUGCUAUAUUGCAGCUGCGAUGAUCUUUCUGAGAGACAAUGUCUACCUUGAACGCGACCUCACCUUUGACGACGUCAAGCCUCGACUGCUCGGUCACUGGGGCACAUGCCCUGGUUUGAUCCUCGUCUACUCACACCUCAAUUAUCUGAUCAAGAAGCACGACCUGGACAUCAUCUAUGUCGUAGGACCCGGUCAUGGUGCGCCCGCUAUCUUGGCGGCAUUGUGGCUCGAAGGUUCUAUGGGAAAGUUCUUCCCCGAGUACAGCAGGACGAAGGAAGGCCUUCACAACUUGAUCACCAAAUUCUCCGUCACUGGCGGCCCACCAAGUCAUAUCAACGCGGAGACACCUGGAGCCAUCCAUGAAGGUGGUGAGCUCGGUUAUGCCCUGGCGGUCUCUUUUGGCGCGGUGAUGGAUAAGCCGGACCUCAUUGUAGCAUGCAUCGUUGGCGAUGGCGAGGCCGAGACCGGGCCGACAGCGACCGCGUGGCACGGCUACAAGUACAUCGACCCUAAGGAGUCCGGCGCAGUCAUUCCAAUUGUGCAUGUGAAUGGCUUCAAGAUUAGCGAGCGCACUAUUUACGGCUGCAUGGACAACAAGGAGCUGACUACGCUCUUCACCGGCUAUGGCUACCAGCCUCGCUUUGUUGAGGAUUUGAAAGACAUAGACGCAGACCUGGGCAGUUCAAUGGAAUGGGCUCUAAGCGAGAUCAAGAAGAUCCAGAAAGCAGCGCGUUCCGGGAAGCCGAUUAUGAAGCCAAGGUGGCCAGUGAUUAUUAUGAGAACGCCCAAGGGCUGGAGCGGCCCUAAGAAGGUUGACGGCGAGUUCAUCGAAGGGUCGUUCCGUUCCCACCAGGUCCCACUGAUGAAGGCAAAAUCGGAUCCAAACCACCUGAAGGACCUUCAAGCAUGGCUAAAGAGCUAUGGACCUGAACACUUGUUCAAAGAAGACGGCACGCCCACUGAAGAGGUCGUCAGCAUCAUCCCAGAGAGCGAUCGUAAGAAGAUGGGUCAGCUGAAAGAGACCUAUGACCCUUACGUAGGCAUCAAAGUACCCCAGUGGUCGAAAUUUGGUGUGCCCAAGGGUGAUGAAGUCAGCUGCAUGACCGUCUGCGGCAAGUUUCUAGAUCAGACCCUUCAGGACAAUCCCACUACCGUCCGCAUCUUCUCCCCAGACGAACUCGUCAGCAACAAGCUCGACGCAGUCUUCAACCACACCGGCCGGAACUUCCAGUGGGACGAGUUCAGUACCGCGCAAGGCGGCCGCGUCAUCGAGAUCCUAUCCGAACACUGCUGCCAAGGUUUCAUGCAAGGCUACACCCUCACCGGGCGCGUAGGGCUCUUUCCGUCGUACGAGGCCUUCCUCAGCAUCAUCCACACCAUGAUGGUGCAGUAUGCCAAGUUCGGCAAGAUGGCUAAGGAAGUAUCGUGGCGAGGAGCAAUUGGCUCUCUGAAUUACAUCGAAACCUCGACCUGGACCCGUCAGGAACACAACGGCUUCUCCCAUCAGAACCCGGCCUUCAUUGGCGCAGUACUGAAUUUGAAGCCAGAUGCGGCAAGAGUGUAUCUCCCUCCGGAUGCGAACUGCUUCCUCUCGACGCUCGCCCACUGCCUGCGGAGCAAGAACUACGUCAAUUUGAUGGUCGGCUCCAAAGCGCCUUCCCCAGUCUUCCUCUCCGUUGAAGAAGCCGAUGCUCACUGCCGCGCCGGCGCCUCCGUUUGGAAGUUCGCCUCCACGGAUGGCGGGCUGGAACCGGAUGUUGUACUUGUGGGUAUUGGCGCUGAGAUCACCUUCGAAGUUGUGAAGGCCGCCGAGUUGCUCCGCGAGCUUGCACCUGCGCUCAGAGUCCGCGUCGUUAAUGUUACGGACCUCAUGGUGCUUGGCACCGAGGGAACCCACCCGCAUGCGCUUACGAGCAACGACUUCAACGCCAUGUUCACCGCCGACAAGUAUAUCCACUUCAACUACCACGGCUACGCUCCGGAGCUCAAGGGGCUGCUUUUCGGGCGUCCCCAGAGUGAGCGCAUCACCGUCGAGUCGUACCGUGAGGAGGGGAGCACGACGACUCCGUUCGAUAUGAUGCUCGUGAAUCGCACCAGCCGCUACCACGUGGCUGAGUACGCGCUGAGGGGCGGUGCGAAGUUUAACCAGAAGGUCGAAGUGGAUCUGGUAAGUAAUAUUGCGGAUAUCAAGCACCGGGUCGUCAAGACGAGGGAGUACAUCUUGGCGAAUGGGAAGGAUCCGGAGGGGACUUAUGAUACGCCCGCGUUUGAGGGGCUGAAGAAGGGGAAGGGGGGUGAGCAGGUGCUGUAUGAGGGAUGA